AAACGAAGAGAGAAGGAUAUCUUCAAACAUGAGCAAAUUAAACAAAUUCUAAACAAUUAAAUAGCUUCAUAUCACUGUUAGAGUUAAAGGAUUAAAUUAUUUGUCAUGCUGCAAUUUGGGUCAACCGACCUUUUAAAGCCUUGCAUCAGGAGGGUCUGUUCAGAGUGAAUGGGAAUGUGCGGGCUGUGGAGACCCUGAAACAGCGACUGGAGAGUGGAGAGGAUGUGGACCUUCUCUCUGAAUCUGAUUCGUGUACAGUGGCCAGCUUGCUGAAACGAUACCUCAGGGACCUGCCAGAGGGUCUGGUGGACUCAACAGUCCAACAGGCACUGAUACAUCAAUACCAAGAGUGCGCCGAUGAUGUCUCUUGGACAGAUAUGAGAGGCCUGCUCCAGCAGCUUCCAGACGUCCACCACAACCUCCUCCGCUACCUCUGCCACUUCCUCACCCUUGUGGAGUGCAACCACAAGGAAAACCGCAUGACUGCCCACAACCUUGCUACUGUGUUCGGACCCAGUGUCUUCCAUGUGGCUCCUGGUUUUGAAGCAAUGAAGGACCAAAAUAUCUGUAACAAGAUUAUGGUCAAGCUCAUCCAGAACUACAGCAAUAUAUUUGAGACCGACGGAGACAGAGAAGGCCGCACAGAAGAACAAUCCACCCUUAUUGUUGUCAAGACAUGGAUUCUCUCGUCCGCUUUCUGGUCCCAGGAGGCACACGCGACAGAUGCCGACACCAAGAAUUCACCCAGCCAACUCAAUGCGACGGAGCCGACGCCGGUUUCCAGGACAAAGGCUGGACAAAAAACCCCACCACAAAAUGUAGAACCUCUGAACAAAUCCUCCGCUGACACUCCGAAGGCGAGGCAGAGGAAAAGGAAGGUGAGGAAAGGGAAGUGUGACGGCAUGACUCAAGUUAUCCCUCGGCCCAGACGCUCUGCUGGGUUGCCCCAUGCGAGACCCCUGUCCAUAGUUUUGCCCCUGACCUCACAGCUGAGGACUACCAGUCCAGAGCCAAUGGAGACAGCUCCCAUUCCACUGGCUCGCCAAGACACCCCAGACGCUGCCUCGCAACUAAAGCACCUCGAUGUCAGUCCCUCUGGCAGCAUGGAGGGCCUCAGCAGCUCACAAGAAGAUGAGAGGCCAAUAUCCCCUUUCUACAUGAGUAACCACCUCUCUCCUGUCCAGUGCAGACCAGAUGUUGUAAAUUUUCUGGACCGGACGAUACGUUCAGCAGUGGAGCAGCACCUGUUCGAUGUAAACCCUUUAGGGGAUCAAAGUUCAGAGGACUGUGAGUUGACUCCACGUCCACCAUCUCCAAGAGUGAACGCAACUGCCCGACAGAGACGUCGACACCAGAGAGAGCAACAGGAGGAGGGGCUGAGACACAAAGAAAGAAACAGAGCUGCGUCCAUCAGAGCAGACACCAACAAGGAGAACAUCCCGUCGAGCGGUGGAAACAGUUCAGGCAGCGUGGGGGAGGACACGGGAAGCGGCAUGGACUCACAGGGAGGCCAGGGUGGUCACACAGAGCGAACCCCCAACCCCAGGAAGUCGAAACACAGCCCGACACUGAUGCAGCUCACUGACAACCAGGAUGCCCACGCAUUCAAAGAAUGGGUUGGUGAGGGACCUGAAGCAAACCACAUGGAGACAUUUCAUAACGGGAAUGAAAUUUCAAGAAAAGAUGGCCUUCCUCCCCCUCCACAGACGUUUAGGAUGAAGAUCCAGGAGUCGCCCGUCACUUGUGACACGGGGAGGGUAGGCGGCGGAGACGUGCGAGGCUCAGACCCGGACUGCGAGAGGACGAGCUGCGAGGACGUGCCCCGGCUGGAUCUGACAGCACUGACUGAGGACAACAACUGGGGAGAACCCGUCCCGGCGUACUCGCCACUGCAGAGGGAGAGCAUGGACCGCGAGGAAGCUCGACUCUCCCCCCACGCCGGGGGGCGUCUCAUCCGCCAGCUGCUGGAGGAAGACAGCGACCCGAUGCUGUCCCCUCGCUUCUACGCCUACGGGCAGUGCCAGCAGUACCUGGACGACACUGAAGUGCCUCCCUCACCACCAAACGCACACUCAUUUGUCAGUCGCAGACGGAGUUCGUCUCUUGGAUCAUGUGACGAUGAGAAGGAGGAGUUGACAUCCGCCCAGCUCACAAAGAGGAUCCACGUGCUGAAGAAGAAGAUCCACAGGUUCGAGGAGAAGUUUGAAGAGGAGCGGAAAUACAGGCCAUCCCAUGGUGAUAAAGCUGCAAACCCGGAGGUGCUGAGAUGGGUAAACGAACUGUCUAAGCUGCGUAAAGAGCUAAAAGAACACAAGUUGAUGAAGUCUGAAGAGGAUUUGCCGCCAAUGACUCGCCAGCGCAGCAACACGCUGCCCAAAAGCUUCGGCUCUCAGCUGGAGAAAAAACCCCAGCAGGAGAAAGUGCCCAAGCCUCCGGUGGAAAGCACCCUGGAGACGAUUUUGAAGAAGCUGCAGGAGAAGAGGGAGGAGGUGAGCCGCUCCGAGGACAUCAAGGAUAUGACAAGAGAGCAGAUCGGAGCGGAGAAAGUCGCCCUGCAGAAAGCUCUACUCCACUACGAGAGCAUACACGGUCGACCGGUCACUAAGAGCGAGAGGCAGAUCAUGAAACCCCUGUACGACAGAUAUCGCCUGGUGAAGCAGAUCCUGUGCAGAGCUUCCACCAUCCCCGUCAUUGGCUCUCCCUCCAGCAAGCGCAGAGGUCCCCUCCUUCAGCCUAUUAUCGAGGGCGAAACCGCACUCUUCUUCGACGAUAUCAAGGAGGAAGAGGACGGCUCAGAGGACGACGGAGACUCAAAGACCCAGUUCACCGUGACCGCCCGGCCCGACCUAAGCGUGCUCGGCUUGCUGGACCACAUGGACGAGGAAGCGGACGGUUUCAUUUCACCCGUGGACGACCUCUCGCCGUCAAAGAACAUGACGGACAUGAGGCUGUCCAACCUGCACUCCGCCACCACGCAGGAACUUGUGGAGCAACUCCAAGAGGCCCGAGAGGAGAAGAAGAUUCUCCGCAAAAACCUGAAAGAGUUCGAGGACCAGUUCUUCAGACAAAAUGGAAGAAAUGUGCAGAAGGAGGACCGCUCCCCGCUGGCAGUGGAGUACAACGAAUACAAGCACGUUAAAGCCAAACUGCGGCUGCUGGAAGUCCUCAUCAGCAAAAGAGACUCGACUAAUCUAAGAGACAAAUAAAAGACUCUAAAAGGACUGAUGCUUAAGUCUCCAGAAACACAUCUCACCCUGCUGGGAAAAAAACAUCUGAUUUCGCUUCUGGGCGCCAUCUGUGCCUCUCAUGUUUCUGGCUGGGGCCUGUUAAUCUGUUCUGUCGGGCGCAGUGGGUUUUUUUGGAGCACACAGAGAGCCACCGACCCACACCUAAUUGAAAGCGACACAGAGUGACCUGAGGAGUUUGUUUCCAACCAAACCUCACCUUCAGGAUGUUUUUUUUCCCCUCGAGACUAAGCAAACACGCACACAAAUAACCUGAAUCACACUUUUAUUGCUAAUAAUUUAUUUCUAUCCUUGUGAAUGUUUAUAUCGGAAAAGUUAUUUUUCUCGCGCUUUCACUGUAGAAGUCUUAAAAAUAAAACUUGUAAGUAAAAUAAUAGAUAUCAAAUUAUUGCUAUUUUUAAAGAAGGAUUUUGCGAUCAAGAUUUCCGUGUAUUUUUGUAAGGGAGACGUUACUAUUUGUAUAACUCCAAUCAGCUUGACAGUAUUCACUAAAAAAUUUGCUUUCGCUAUUUCAUUUCUGACCGUCUUAUGUCUGAAAUAAUCUAGAAGUUAAAUUGAGUAUUUGCUUACUAAAACAAGUAGUUUCUAAUUUUAAUACAACCCAAAGACAGUGACUCAGAGUGCAACCUGCGAACCAAAAUAUCUCAUCAAUAAAACAGCUUAUUUUUGUGAUCACUGGUACCUUCUCAAGCAUCUGACUCUAUAUUUUAUGCAUUGAUGUACUUCUUUCCCCACUUACUUCAUGUCAAAUAAGCUAUUUCUUGGAAUCACUGGUAUGUUUUUGCUCACACUGAUAAACAUUGACAAGGACGUAUGUGAGGUGACUCUGGAGGACAAAAAUGGGCACUAAAAGCUGCAGUUUUCCCAGAGUCCUGUGUCUCCUUCUGGUCCUAUCCAGAGCUCGUUUCUGUUCUUUUGUAAAUAUUGAUCAUCACUGUGUAUGUUUACAUUUCUGUGAGCGAGUACAUUUUUCCUUUCUUUCUCCAAAAUGGAUGAUUAUCAGUGUGAAUUUAGUUUUUACUGAAUAUAAACACUGCCACGGCUUAAUGAAUUUUUGAGUGUGUACAUUUUAGUACAUAAAUUGUAUUUGUAUUUUGUAAAUAAUAUUAAUGAAAUCAUAUUUUUACUGAA